AUGAGUAAUAACGAAUAUAACAAUCGUCAUAAUGCUCGUGCUUUCGGCGCGGGUAGCCGUCAAACACCAGACAUCUUUGACCAAUUUCUACAAAACCUGGGAUUUUAUCGCAAGCAUAUCGCUCCCGAUUCAUGUAGCUUAUUCCGUGCAGUUUCGGAACUGGAAUACGACAUUCAGUUGUAUUAUGCAAAAACCCGAAAGAAUGCCACUGAAUUUAUUCGUAAUAACAAGCAGUUAUUCGUAAAGGAUAUUUAUGAGAAUUUCGAGUCCUAUUUGAACAAUAUGACCAAACCUCGUACGUGCGGAACACUGCUAGAAUUAAGAGCGUUAGCGUAUUACCACGGGGCCAAUGUCAUACUUUUCGAACCAUUCACAGAAGGCAGACUUAUUAUAUUUGAAUCAUGUUUCGUUAAAACGUGGCGUUUAUUUUAUGUUGACGACCAUUUCGAUACCGUGUUCCCAAUGGAAUAUAUGGAAAUGGCUGCUGACUGUCAGGCCAUAGUCUAUGAGAUACUUUAUAAAAACGUUUUUCGUUUGCCCGACGUUGAAUACGCUGUUGAACGUAUGCUGCAUGAUCCGGAAGACAACAUGAUCAUAUACGAACAAAAUGAAUCACAUCAUACCGUGGCCAAAACAGUGGAUGGAAGGCAGUUGGAGCUAAGCACGUCUAAAGAUACCCGAUGUGUUCUUAUGCAUUCUCACCUUUGCCAUUUUCAUAAUCAUGAAAAUUUUGACGCCAUUCAGCAAUUCUUCUCAAUAUUUGGUCCAGAGGAGGGAUGCCGAGUAUACAUUGGAAGUCAUUUUCGCGACGGGGCGAGAAAACCUAACCCGUUGCUAUCUGAUCCAAAAAUAUCGUGUGUGCGUCAGUUGCUUAAGAUGGGAAUAACUCCUUUCCCUUAUAAAAUAGCCAAAUCGCUAGAUCGGCACAUUUAUCGUAAUGUUGAAUUUGAUAUUUGGGUGGAAAUGCGUAUUGAAAAACGUAAUGAAACAGUGUUUGAGAAUGACCCUCAAUACGUUACUAAUCUAAGAGAUGAUGUAGCUUGUCACAUCGAACAUAUUGUCCCUGAUAAAAAAUCAGUUCUGUUAAGUACAAUUGGUAAACAAGAGGUUCGAUACAUUGAUGCGACGAAAUUUUUAAAACCACUUGGCACUAUCAAGAGAGGAUAA